UCAAUCGCCCCAAAAACUUUUCCUCAUCGGACGCUGCUCCAAACGGGCACAGGCCGAAACCCGAGUUUGUUUUCGGAGAUGUCUUCUUGGUACACUCCGGAUAGGUAUGGUGACUGGCCGGGAUCCUCGCCUCCCGAGCGCAAUACAGAUCUACGGGACCUUCUUCUUUGGCAGCACGUGUUUUUGGCGGGAUUGGGUAUGAAAACCCAUGUACAUGUUGCGGUGGUGGAAGCUGGGCUGAGAGGUUGCGACGAAACCUGCAUGAUGGACGUAGUGUUUGGUACUCCCAAGAAGGAGGGGGACCCAUUGCCGAUCCUGUUGCGGUGGGAAUUUUGCCCGACGCAAAACACUCCGGGUGUGGUCUCGGAGCCAACGCUUGCAGUCUGGCAUGAAACAGCACCUUGCUUUCUGGACGGUGUCAUGACGACGGUGACUAAAAUCGCCAUACGCGGACGUAUCCCUCUCGAGUGGGCCUGGCCAAACCCUCGGGCGGGACGACUGCCUACGGCACGACGGCCCCUGCCUCAUCUACAAUGGGCAAUCAAGUUGCCUGGGGUACAGCCAGUCAAGCGUCGAAUCAUGUUGUUCAACGCAUGCUGCAGGGUUGUACUCGACGAAGGUCAAGGCGUUGGACCCCACGGCCGACUACGGAAUAUACUCCAACGACGCCAGGGUUCGAAACGAGGCUUGGAAAGGGUAUAACAACUGGAUCAAACGGCGCUACUGGAGGGAGCACAACAAGAGCAUUGACGCGCAAAAAAACUGAAGUUCCACAAGGACGGGGGGCGUGGCUUCCACCGAUCAGCAAGGGGGGCGUGGCUUCCACCGACGCUUGUUAUUGGAGAAUAGAGGACAGUAGAGAGGGGCGGCACAGUGGGGAAGUUGAGUAGGACGCUUGAGACCGCGUCAUGAUGGCGUGCGGUUGAAUGGAGGUGACGCUUGGCUUAGGCUACGCUGAUUAAAGUUAACGCAACUAAUUAUAGCAAAAUAUGCGUUGUCCUCAAAGUAGAUUACUCGACAAAUGGAUACGUUACGAAAUCAACGGGUUCUCUACUUGUCGUCGAUCCCGUGAGCCUUGUCCUUGGACAGAGGGACAGUGAAGUUGUUCUGGUUGGCGCCGUCCAUCAUGCAGUAGGGCUGCUCCCAUGGCGUCCCGUUCAUCUUCGCAUUCUCCGCAGCCGUCUUUAGUUUUGCAAUUGCCUUCCGGUCGUUGCUCACGUCCUGCCGACACGAACACGGAGACACAGAUCAGCUGCUCCGUGUUCAAGGGUAAGCGCGACAAUAAUUUCAGCAGCACCGUACGGUGUGCCCACUGCUGGAACCUCUACGCGGGGAGGUGCGGUAGAGAGGGUUCGGGGUGUCUAAUAUAUACUGUACAUCCCCGGGUUUGUGCGGAGGAGUCUGUUCAAAAAACAUGUUGGGUUGUGAUGUCGUCGAAUGACGCGGUAAACCACGCAAAUAGCGAAUACAUAAAUACGCACCUCCAUGUGGUCCUCGUACUCCUUUCUCUUCAGGUUUUUCUCCGCCUCGUCCUGGAUGCCUCUGGAGCCGGACUGCGUUCCGAAGAUCGCCGACUUGAGGAGCGUGCAGAUCUUGCAAAGCAUGAAGUCUCCGCUUGGUUUCAACUUGAGAUGGGGGAACUCUUGGGCCCAUAUCCUGAUGAAGUACUCGCGCGUGCAGAGGGCUGCGUCCAGUCCCACUAGCUGCCCGUGGAGCUCCUUCCGUGUUUGGCUCUCGUACUCGUCGAACAACUCCUGAGAACAUGACAUUAGCCGACAAGAGAGGCGUGCAUGGAUGGUGAAUGGAGUGGUUUCCAACCCGCAAUUUUGAUUGCGGCUGCCAGUAGCAGUAUUUACGUACUCCUGCUGUUGUUGCUGUGGCAAUGGCGACUCGCCGAUAGAUAGUGAGUGGUAGAAGAGUACAGCAGUAGGCUUGAAUUAUAACAAAUUAGAAAAAGGCUAAACCAUUGGAUAGAUCGGUCAGCGCUAACUGGUCAACAAAUGAUACCGGAAAGACGUCGUGAGCCAAUAGGCAAAAGGUCAAGUACAAGUACUACUGCUGUAGGUAAGUACUUAUUUAUUUACCAAACGAGGCCCACCACGCUAGCCCACAAACGAGGCCUCGUCACGACCCUCACGGGCGGGCAGGCUAAGAACACAUAAGUGGCUCCAUCCAUCUCACAGCCUACAUCUGGCAGACAGUGCCUUCGACCCUUCGACGGCGGUGGUAUCUCCUUCUCUCACGGAAUCACAAAUCUUUGUUUGGACAACGGAUGGGCACAACCUGGAUUUCCUGCUACUUACUACUACACAGCAGUACAGCAGUACUGCUGCGGCGGCUGCGGAUACUGGAUUCCUGGACGUGUUCACCUGAAGGAAAGCCAAGAGAACCUGCGAGCAGGACUUGGCUCCCUCGUGACUUCCAAGUGACUUACUAGGUUCGGACGAGGGCAUGUGUGGAGCUAUGGCAGUGUAUGUAUUGCUAUUUUGUUUGAGUCACCUAGCUGCUGACACGAUGACUGUUGGAUCUUGGGAGUGUACGAUCAUCAAAUUGGGAGAUGCAGCAUACCACGAUAUCCUGGCUUCGGCUGGGCUUGAAAUAACCCUUUUGCUGUCCUCCGCUCUUUGCAUCAGUGGCUUCCUAGGUUCGGGCGAGGGCAUGUGUGGAGCUAUGGCCGUGUAUGUGUUGCUAUUUUGUUUGAGUCAUCUAGCUGCUGACACGAUGACUGUUGGAUCUUGGGAGUGUACGAUCAUCAAAUUGGGAGAUGCAGCAUACCACGAUAUCCUGGCUUCGGCUGGGCUUGAAAUAACCCUUUUGCUGUCCUCCGCUCUUGGCAUCAGUGGCUUCCUAGGUUCGGACGAGGGCAUGUGUGGAGCUAUGGCCGUGUAUGUGUUGCUAUUUUGUUUGAGUAAUCUAGCUGCUGACACGAUGACUGUUGGAUCUUGGGAGUGUACGAUUAUCAAAUUGGGAGAUGCAGCAUACCACGAUAUCCUGGCUUCGGCUGGGCUUGAAAUAACCCUUUGGUUGUCCUCCGCUCUUGGCAUCAGUGGCUUCCUAGGCUCGGACGAGGGCAUGUGUGGAGCUAUGGCCGUGUAUGUGUUGCUAUUUUGUUUGAGUAAUCUAGCUGCUGACACGAUGACUGUUGGAUCUUGGGAGUGUACGAUUAUCAAAUUGGGAGAUGCAGCAUACCACGAUAUCCUGGCUUCGGCUGGGCUUGAAAUAACCCUUUUGCUGUCCUCCGCUCUUUGCAUCAGUGGCUUCCUAGGUUCGGGCGAGGGCAUGUGUGAAGCUGAGAUGUGUGUCUUCGUGAAAGAACAUGUAGAGAGAGUCGUAUUGGCAUUCGCAUCAAGCGCAUUGCGCAUUUUUCGAGUCUUGGCCUCCUUCCAGGGACCUUGAUUUUUAUCCGCUGGCACUGACGUCUUUUAAUUGGUCAGCCGGUUAGCG